AUGAAAUGCAGGCUUGCCGUCUUUCUCCUUGGCUUUCUCCUCUGUCUUGUGCACAAUUCGGAGGCCGCCAGUCUAGCGGUUUGGACCAAAGGCAACAGCGGGCGGGGCUUACCUGGGCUGCUCCUGGGGCAGCACUUGGUUGUGGCUGCUGGAAAAGAAGCACAAAGAAAGACCUGCUUUUGCUUCACAUCUGCAGCCCCCCGAUCUCUUGUGUUUUCUUACAGCCUAAAUGCAACAACAAGUCGGACAAAGACAGCCUCAACAGCAAAAAGACCAGCAGUUGAAGCAGCAGCGUUACCUGCGGAUGGAAACAGAGCUGCGGCGUCAAAGCCAAAAAGAAAACGUGGCCAGGUGCAAAGAGAAGCAGAAAUUUCAGCACCCUCUGCAAUAAAAAGUGAGAGUAACCGCGUCUCGGGUCAAAAAGGCAGCCAAGCAACAGCCCGUGUAGCUUCAGACACACCCGUUUUGCUGGAAGAUGCUGGUGCUGCUGAGUCAACUUCUUUGCCGGAUUUAUCUAAUAAAGAUGGAUUUUGUGGCGUUCCAAUCACUGGCCUCCGCACGGCCUGUAGGAAAAUGCAGCUGCCCAGCAAAGGCACUAGAAGUGAAUUGAUAGAGAGGCUGUUGGCGGUGGCCCCAACUCAGAAGAUUCUGGCUUAUGCGGCGGAACAGAAUGGCUUUAUGCAGCAGCAGCAGCAGCAGGCUCAGGAUGAGGCAGAGGGAACAGCUGAGCUGCCGGUAGGAGCUUCCUCCGAAAAACCAACCCCCAGCCGAUGCCACAGAUGUAACCACCGACUGUCUAGCAAGGCGCGUUUUUGCUCCAAGUGCGGCGCUACAAUCAACGUUCUAGGCCAAGAGACAUUGAGGGAGUUCGUUGAAAAAGCAUUUUGGCCCGUCAGAGAACAGGAAGUAGGGAGCAACACAAUGCGAGUUGAGCGAGGCUUCUGGCAGUCCAUUUUGCAGGUGAUUGGGGACGUUCCUGUUGCGAAUCUUUCAUCGGCAGUUUGGGAGAAGUAUUUAGGGGUACUAAAGAAGCGCAGCUGCUCUCCGCGCACCCAGGUGCUGCAUCAGGUUGCGUAUUUAGCUGCGCUGAAAUAUGCAGUGCACACCCGCCGUCUUGAGAGCAUUCACCCCUUUCGCAAAAUAAGAGGCUGUACGAAACGAACCCUCGUUUCUGUGCCUUUAACAGCUGAAGAGGUUUAUCUGCUGCUGGCUGCUACGCCGAACACCAUGCACUGUGCCUUAUUCGCUGUUGGAAUUGGCGCGGGUCUCCGGCCUUCGGAGAUUUUGUCUAUGCGAUGGGAAGACGUGAACAUGAAUGAAAUGACGGCGACGAUCCGUGGCUCAAAGACAGCCGCAUCAGCAGCCGCCAUUCCCCUCACUAAUCUUGCAGGGAGAGAGUUGAUGCGGUGGUGGGAGGAAGAAGGAAAACCUACAAGCGGGCUAUGCUUUUACGCGGAGGGAAUACGAACGGCGGAGAGCCGGGCGAAGUUAGAGAAGAAGACGCCGAUUCGAUCCUUCAAGAAGGCUUUACAGGCAGCGGCGCAGCGGUAA